AUGGAUCUUCACUCUGCUCAUUCGAUGCUAAGGUGCUGCAUUUUGAUCCUCACUGUCGGUGGAUUUGCCCAAGGGGCUGAGUGCCAACCUGGCUGUCAUUCAUUAAAUGGAUUCUGUGAGGUCGCUGGUGAAUGCAGGUGUAAGUCUGGUUGGCAAGGAGAGUUGUGUGAUAAGUGCAUCCCUUCUCCUGGCUGUUUACAUGGGACGUGCACCAAACCAUGGGAGUGUGUUUGUAAAGAAGGUUGGACUGGCAGUCUGUGCAACAAAGCGUCCCAUAAUUGUUCCGCUGAAUAUCCAUGUACUAGUAACUCUACGUGUAUAAGGAAUGAAGAUGGUGAUUAUGUGUGUAGCUGUGUAGAGGAGUUCACAGGAAAAGAAUGCCAAUUUAGGAAAAGGCCUUGCAAUGACAAUGGACCUUUUUGCCAGAAUGGAGGAAGUUGCUUUGAAGAUAGUCGGACUGCAGUUAAGAACUACUGCUUAUGUUUGCCUGGUUUUACUGGGGACUUCUGUGAAAUAAGCAUCAAUAAUUGUAAUCCAAACCCUUGUGCCAACCAUGGAACCUGCACAGAUCUGGUUUCCAGCUUUAGCUGUCUUUGCCUUAAAGAAUUCACUGGCAAAUCCUGUGAAUAUAGAGUCACACCUUGCCUUAACCAUCCAUGUCAAAAUGGAGGCACAUGCCAUGACCGUCCUGAGGGCGGCUUCGAUUGUGCAUGUUUGCCUGAUUAUUUAGGAGAAAUCUGCCAAGAAAGAACAUUUAAGAACUUUAAGCAUGACUCGAAGCAAAACAUAUCCAAGCGUCCAAGAGCAAAAUGGGUCAGUCACAGCAAGUAUUUUCAUUCUAUGCUACAUGCUUCUCAUAAAUCAAUACCACAACAAGAAAACGAUUUGAUUAGGAUCACGAGGAAAGAAACCACCCACACAUCCGACCCUCUGCUUAAUAGCAGUCAACUGAUCUGUUUUACAGUACUUGGGUUAUUGACCUGUCUUGUGAUCCUGGGAACUACAGGAAUCAUCUUCUUCUCCAGGUGUGAAAUGUGGCUGGCAAAUGCUAAGUAUCGACAUCUCCUCUGGAAGCAAAGAAGGUAUUUACUCCAAGACAAAAAUGAAGACCUUUCAGUUAAAAUCAUAUCUCCAAGCAUGAAUAAAUUUCCAAGCUAUGGAAAGAAUUAUACAUCUAUCUAACUUUUUAUUGUUUUGUUUAUAAAUUGAAUACAUCUACAUACUGCAUUAUUUACUAAUGUUUUCAAUUGUUACAGUGUAAUGAAGUGUUUUGUUAAUAAUAUACCACAUUAUUUAAAUGGUUUUGAUCUUUGCUAUAACACAUGUUUACAUUCAUGUAAAGUGCUUGUCCAGGAUUUUCAACAAAAAUGGUAAUUACAUGACAUCUGGUCAUUUUUGACCACCCAUCAUUCAGUAAUCAGCAGAAGGCAGGUAAGACAGAAUCUUAUCUGUUUACAUACAUAUCCCUUUUAACUUCUUACAUACUUGUGGUUCCAACAUAAUUGUGUCCUGUUUUACUCUGAAAAUAGUCAUUUUAGUCAAAAUGUGUGUCAUAUGAUGAAAUAUAUUUAGCCAGAUACAUUAAUAAAAUUCUCAUGUUUAAGAUGUUCAUGUACUUAAAGAGCUUGCUAUUUAUUAUACUUAAGUCACAGUCUGGCAUUAUGACAGUGUUGUGACAAUGUUCAUUUUGCAUCCCAAAUACAAUAAUUAAAUUUAAAACUUUGACCAAAUAAGCAUUUUUCUUUGACUGUCACACAAUGUACUCAGAUGUAGUGGC